ACAUAAUCGGGAGCAAUGCGGGCUCAAAAAGUGUUGAAUGGGAUAUCGAACAUAGUUCUCACUCUAUCUUUAGGCGAAGUGUUCAUUUUCUCCUCUGAAGACAUUGAUUUCGAGGAAGAUACCGACGAUGAUGAGACUCGUUGUUGGAUCAAUUGCUCCAAGAUUGCAUCUUUUGGUGGGUUCAUUUUCAUCGCUGAAAUUGCUUCCCUGGCAAAUGCCUCCCGAACUAGUCUCAGGGUCCUUUGGGGCAUUGUCCUCCACACUCUUGGACACCUUUUCGACUACUUCUUCGCCCAUAGCUUCCAGAAUCAAGUGAGUAUUGGACUGAUGGUUGGCUCUGGAUCUGGAAUGAUAUUCCAUGGGGUACUUGAGAACUGGACCGAUCGUAAGAAUCACUCUUUGCCCCUUGGAUGGAUUUGCAGCUGUUUGAGUUUCGGAGGCGUUAUAUGGUCAACCUGUGCCCAUUUGCAGGAUAUAAUCGAAUUUACGGAAGAUUGGCGCUUGGGAUUUCCUUUGCUGAUAUUUUGGAUUCAAAUGCUCGGCUGGAUCUUGUUUCACUUAACGUCGCAUCAUGUUGUGGAAACGAGCUCCUCACAACCAGAUGUCCCACGUAACAUCGGAUCAAAUGCCUUCUCCAUGUUGUGGUUGACGAACUUUGGUGCCGUUUUUAUCCUGACUGGUUUGGUCACGUUGACCAACAGAUUUCUUAGUGAGGGUGAAUUUAUCUUGGGCUCUCACCAGAGUUGGUUGCUGGUCACGGGGGGAUACUUCUUUAACGGCAUUGGAUAUCUGUUCUGGGGCCAUUGUUUUGACUCCCGUCGCAACUUCUCCUUUCAAGUCAUCUUGGGAGGUUGUUCUUUGGGCGUAUUACUUCUUUUCCUUCCAUGGUCUCACCGUUCUAUCCUAUGGUCCACAUUACUCACAUGGUGCUUGUACUUUUCCAUAGCUAACCCAAUCAUUGCCUGUUCUUUGGAGCUCUUCCAUUCAUACAGUCCACGAAUGGCUCAAACGCUGAUCAGCUUCUUGUGGCUGGGCUCUUGCAUUGCUUCACCUUUAGUGACAGUACUCAUCCGAGUCACGUUAGCCUACAUCACUCUAAUGGGCUUGGUAUUGAUCAUGGUUGUCUUAUCCUUCGUGUGUGCUUGGUGCGGUUAUUUGUACCAAAGACCUGGUAGUGAUGAAAUUGAUGCAUCAAGCCAAUCGACACCAGGGAUGUUUUUCAGCAGUCCAAGCCAAACUUACUUUGGCUCACGAUCCGUGUGAAUGAAUUGACCGAGCAUGCUGUAACCACCUCCCUCCCUUGGAGACACCCGAGGAAUUAAUCAGGGGGUCUUUUAAACCAGAGUGAUGACAAGUUGAAAAUAGCAAUGCCCCCGUGUCUGAAUCGAACAAGGACCCCUCUGGGAGCGGGAUGAUUUACUCUCAAGAAGUCAUCGUUUUGAAUGUAUCAAGAAAUCCUCGAGUCUUAUUAUAGGCACCCGGUGCCCUUGAUCUCGCAGGGGCGUCUCUAAUCAUACUCUCAGCAGUCUCUCAUUGUCUGAAGAACGACCAAUAAUUAUCUUCCACCCCAAACUCAAAACCGCCAUUGGCACGCUCGUGGACACGACGGUCAGCCCAUGAAUUGAGCGGACCAGGGUUGACGCAUUACUUUCCUGCAGAAAUGCUUAAUUUUGUCACAAGAAUGAUACAUUAAAUAGAUUGUUGUUUAAAUUCCA